AUGCCUCCACGAAAGAAAGCUCGGGGAGGGGCGAGUCACUCCGUCUCCACGCCCAACACGACAAAAAGCGACGAUGCCAUGGACAUUGACACACCGACUUCGGAGACGCCAACCAAAGCUACCGCUUCCUCCAAGAAUCCCACCAUCGACAUUUACAAUGACAUGUGGACGGACGACCAGCUUUCUUCCCUCUUCAAGGGUGUCAUUCGUUGGAAACCAGCAGGUAUGCACAAGCACUUUCGCAUGAUUGCGAUAUCCGAACACCUCCGCAACCACGGCUUCGACCCAGACGUCCACCAGCACACGCGCAUCCCAAACAUAUGGGAGCGCCUGCGGGCGCAUUACAACCUCGAUUCCAUCAACGAGCGCGAAAACUUUGACGACGAGCCCGAGGACAAGUACCUCGAGUUCUCCCUCGGCCGGCAGUUCCACGGGCUCAUCGAAGAGCGCGUGCUUCGUGGUUCCGACAGCGAGUCGUCGAGCGAGUCGAGCGCUGCGGAAGCCGGAGAAGAGACAGAGGACCAGGAAAGCGACAAGGAAGAGGAGGCCGGUGGCGGCGACGACGACGACGAAGACGAAGAAGAGGAGGAAGAUGACGAGGAGGACAGCACUGCGGCCAAAGCCAAGGAUGAAAAGAAGGAGAAGGAAAAGGAAAAAGAGAAGGAUAAGGAAAAGGAAAAGGAAAAGGAGAAGGAAAAGGAAAAGGAGAGAGAGCCCGUCAGGGGCGGAAGGAGAGGAAAGCGCAAUAGCGAGAGGCUGAGGUCCGGGAGGUCAAGUACAGUGGACGACUCGGAGGACGUCACAGAGGCGGACUCACCCGCACCCAAGGUCGAGGAGAGCUCCGAAGACGACGACGACGACGAAGAGAGCGGCUCCAACGAUGAUGACGAUGACGAGAGCGCGGAGGAAGCGACACCCGUCCGUGGUUGCAACUUCAUGUUCUCAGCAAGCAAGGAUAUCGAUACAUGA